UCAUGGAUGCUCACGUCCCUUCCCUCAUGUACGUUUGUACAUCGUCCUUCUAAAACUCGCCAUGGGCGCCUUCUCCUCCCACAACGUUGGCAUUGGCAUGGCUCUAGUCAUAAUGCUGUUGACUAUACCUUCCUUGCUGCGAACGGCGGUCGCUGGCAACCCGCCGUUCUCAUGCGGCCCGGGGGCGACGACGAAGGGGUACGCGUUCUGCGACUCGCGGCUGCCACUGGAGCGGCGCGCGGCGGACCUGGUGGCGCGGCUAACGCUGGCGGAGGAGGUGUCGCAGCUGGGCGACGAGGCGGCCGGGGUGCCGCGGCUAGGCGUGCCGCCGUACAAGUGGUGGUCGGAAGGGCUGCACGGCGUCUCUUUCUGGGGCCACGGCAUGCACUUCGACGGCGUCGUCAGCCGCAUCACCAGCUUCCCGCAGGUGCUGCUCACCGCCGCCUCCUUCGACGACGACCUGUGGUACCGUAUCGGGCAGGCGAUCGGCACGGAGGCCAGGGCGUUGUACAACCUCGGCCAGGCGGAGGGACUCACCAUCUGGUCUCCCAACGUGAACAUCUAUCGUGAUCCCCGGUGGGGCCGUGGCCAGGAGACCCCCGGCGAGGACCCCACCACUGCCAGUAAGUAUGCCGUGGCUUUCGUCAAAGGCUUGCAGGGCACCUCGGCGACGACUCUGCAGACUUCAGCGUGCUGCAAGCAUGCCUCGGCGUACGAUCUAGAGAACUGGAAUGGCGUUGUACGGUACAACUUCAAUGCAAAGGUAACACCCCAGGACAUGGAGGAUACGUUCAACCCUCCGUUCAAGAGCUGUGUGGUCGAAGGGAAGGCGACGUGCGUCAUGUGCGCUUACACCACCAUCAACGGCGUCCCUGCCUGCGCCAACUCUGACCUCAUCACUAAAACCUUCAAGGGAGAAUGGGGAUUAAAUGGGUACGUCUCUUCUGACUGUGAUGCGGUUGCACUAAUGCGUGAUGCCCAACGCUAUAGCCCCACGCCAGAGGAUACUGUCGCUGCUGCGCUCAAGGCUGGGCUGGACUUGAACUGCGGGAACUACACGCAGGUGCACGGCAUGGCGGCGCUCCAGCGGGGAAAGAUGACGGAGCAGGACGUGGAUAAGGCCCUCAAGAACCUCUUCGCUGUCAGGAUGCGGCUCGGACACUUCGACGGUGACCCCAGGAAUAACGCAUUGUACGGGAGCCUUGGCGCCAAGGACGUGUGCUCUCGUGCACACAAGGACCUCGCCCUCGAGGCGGCGCAGAAUGGCAUCGUCCUACUCAAGAACGACGCCAACAUCCUCCCCCUUGACCGGUUGGCGGUCGAAUCCGUCGCCGUCAUUGGUCCCAACGCCGACGAUCCUGCUGCGCUCAACGGCAACUACUUCGGCCCCCCGUGCGAAACCACGACGCCUCGCCAGGGAUUGCAGCGGUACGUGAAGGACAUCAGAUUCCACGCCGGGUGCAGCUCGGCGGCGUGCGACUUUGCGGCGACAGACCAGGCGGUCAGGAUAGCGGGCUCGUCGGACUACGUGAUCCUGUUCAUGGGGCUGAGCCAGAAGCAGGAGCAGGAAGGGCUCGACAGGACAAGCCUCCUCCUCCCCGGGAAGCAGCAGAGCCUCAUAACCGCCAUCGCCAGCGCUGCGAAGCGGCCAGUGAUACUGGUGAUCCUGUCCGGCGGCCCGGUUGACGUAACAUUCGCCAAAUCAAACCCGAAGAUCGGUGCAAUCCUUUGGGCCGGCUACCCUGGUCAGGCCGGCGGGCUUGCUAUCGCCAACGUCCUCUUCGGAGACCACAACCCCAGUGGCAGGCUGCCGGUGACCUGGUACCCUGAGGAGUUCACCAAGGUGCCCAUGACGGACAUGCGGAUGCGCGCCGACCCGGCGACCGGCUACCCCGGCCGGAGCUACCGCUUCUACAAGGGCAAGACCGUCUACAAGUUCGGUUAUGGCCUUAGCUACUCCCAUUUCUCUCGCCGACUAGUAGUCUCAGGAACCAGCAAACAAACACCAAUCACGAAUCUACUCUCCGGACUGACGGUGAAGCCAACUGCAAAAGGCGGCGCAAGCUACGAUGUCGAGGAGCUUGGCGUUGACGGGUGCGAACAACUCAAGUUCCCAGCAAUGGUCGAGGUGCAGAACCACGGCCCCCUGGACGGAAAGCACUCAGUGCUAAUGUUCCUCCGGUGGCCCAACGUCACGGGUGGGCGUCCGGUGAGUCAGCUGGUUGGGUUCCGAAGCCAGCAUCUCAAGGCCGGUGAGAAGGCCAGCCUGAGGUUUGAUGUCAGCCCAUGCGAGCACUUCAGUACGGCGGGAGAGGACGGCAGGAAGGUGAUCGAUACAGAGUCACAUUUCCUUAUGGUUGACAAGGAUGAGAGCGAGAUCAGUCUAUAGGCGUAAAUUGAUAUGAUCUGCACGGGUUAAAGCUCCAUGCAACGACAAUACUUAUGAUUUGUUACACAAUUUAAGCUUAACUUAUGGUAAUUCUUUAUAUUGCCUUAAAAUUAGCAUUGUUCAUGCAACAAGAACGUUUAUUAUCA